UAGAAUUGAUUUUCAAUUUUUCCAAAUAUGAGCUGAAUUUUUUGAUAUUCAAUCUUCAGUCAAUCAUUUUCUUUUCUUCAACAAUCGAGCAAUCGUUUCUAUUUUUUAUUCUCGUUCUUCCUUAUCAACUUGUUUCUCUUCCAGUUUUACACUGUUGAUGUUUCCUUAUUCUCUCUUCUUGUCAUCUUGAUUGCGACAAUUUGAUAUCUCACAUGGAGGUUAAUCAAACUUUAUCAGUUUUCCACAACACUGUCUACUUUGAUGUCCAUGAAUUUCGCUGUCAAGAAAUACGUUUGCUUCCAGCGGGCAUUAAGUUUUCCCAAGUGUGUCAAAUCCAAGAAAAGUCUUUUUUCAAUGUCACCAUUCCACCAAUUGAUAUAAAAAAAGCCUAUUUUGACAGUAAAACUGGAGACAAUUUGUCAACCCUGAUCACAGAAACUGUUCCUGAAUCUGGGAUUCGAAUAUGUGAAAUAUUAAAACUUAAUCGAUCUGCUAAUUCAGUUGAACUAAGAGGAUCGAUUCGUGUUCUUGUUCAAUUUAACGGACAAGGUGAAGAAAUUUACAAAAUAUUGGAAGAAUAUUUUGCCGUCUUUAGCCAAGUGAAUUGGAAACUUGAGAGAGCCCUAUCGCGAAGUGUCCAUAAAUACCUUGAUUUCUUGAACAAUCAUUCUCAACAAUCAUCAACACGAAAAACGAAUGUUUCAAGUACAAAUUACGACAAUUCAGUUUUAACAUGGAGUUAA